UAGAAACCUCAAACAAAAAAACCCAGCUCGCUUUAAAACCGCUUGAAAACUCACGUUUUAAAACCCGCUGACGACAUAGAAAGUCACUUGCUGCAGGCUGAAUGCUUGGCUGAAGCUGAAAGGGAUCCUCUGAAGUCGAGACUGUGACAAGCCAACAUGGUACUUCUGAGCGUAGAUCUGAUUGCUAAGUCUAGGAAGCACUUCAAAAAGAAAAGGGGCCUCUCCUUCCCAGAGUACCUUAAGACACUCACCCACCUCCACUUUUCCAACAAGAAUAUUGAAGAUAUUGGAGAUCUCUCAAUGUGCACAAACCUCACCGUUCUUUACCUGUAUGAUAACAAGGUUACAUACAUUAGAAACCUCGACUUUGCCUCCAGCCUCACGCAUCUCUAUAUGCAGAACAACAGCAUAACUCAUAUAGAUAAUCUCCACUAUCUGCAGAAGCUCUCUAAACUGUAUCUCGGGGGAAACAGAAUUGCUGUGGUGGAGGGCUUAGAGCAGCUCCUUCAGCUCAAGGAGCUUCACUUGGAGAAUCAGAGGCUGACACCGGGGGAAAAGUUGCUCUUUGACCCCAGGACACUCCACUCCCUUGCUGAAUCUCUGUGUGUCCUGAAUAUUAAUAACAACAAUAUCGAUGAUAUCACAGACCUGGCAGUGCUGAAGGAGCUCCGGCAUUUUUCCGCUGCAGACAAUAAGUUGUGCAGUAUAGAGGAGCUAGAAGAUGUGUUCAGCCACUGGCCUCAGCUCUCUCUAAUGGAUUUGAGUGGAAAUCCGGUGUGCAAAAAACCAAAGUACAGAGACCGCCUGAUAAUCGUGUGCACAAGCCUCGAGGCUCUUGAUGGAAGGGAGAUUAAUGAAUUAACCAGACAGUUUCUUAUUAACUGGAAAGCAUCCAGGGAGGCCAAGAAGAAAGAAAAUAACAAACACACCAUGCCUGGAUCACUCGUCCUUCUCCUUUAACAAGGCAGGAAAAUUCCAGGUUCCUAUAAAUGGACUCCAUCGUGUUGCCGUCUCACCGGCUGUCUGCAGUCAUGUGGAUGCUUAAAGACAAAUCCUAUCAGUCCACCAAAAUCUUCACAUCAUCCACACGUACAAACGAGCGGGAGCCCACAACUAAACGUGCUUCUGCUUUAUUUAAGCAUCUUUAAGCAAAACAGUUAAAUAAAAAAUAUAUAGAGAGAGUAAUUUUUACUGCUGUUUUAUUCAUAAUUACAUUUUUUUUUUGUCUGAUGAUUUAAAUAAUCAGUCCACCUCAUAUUGUUAGUUGCUAUACAUUUCCUGUGAUGCCAUUUUUCUUCUAAAUGCAUGUCAGCAAAUAAGUGAACCUGGAGAUGCAGAGUGGCACACUCUAAAUGAUCGCUCUGCUUUAUUAUUACAAGUCUUUACAUUAUCCAAAGCUAACAUGGUGUGCUUCUAUUUAAACAGCUGUGAUAAAUGAU